UGGAUGGAGGUGAUGCGCACUGAUCUGCUCCCUACAAGGUUCCUGCUUUGCUUUCACAACACGAGGAUGGAUCGAGUUUUUGCUGAACGGUAAAGCGAUGGAUUUCCCUGCGCUUCGUCACCUUUUUCUGUCACGUUUUUUUUUUAUUCCCAAAACGGAGAUAACAUCUAGGAGUUGUUUUGCGUAAUUUCCAAAUUCCCAGGCGGCGGAUAACAUCAUCACAGAAAGGUUUCACGCCCCUGGAGGUUGUGUUUUGCUAACUUCAGAGAUAACCAUAGAGUAACUUUAUGAUUAUUUUUUUUUAAGCGUCUGUUGGGCUGAUUUGUCCUUGUUUUCUGUUGUGUAGGAAGUAAAAAAAAAAAUCGGUGGGAAAUGUCUGCCUUCCACAACCGGAGCCAAACGAGCGCACGUCGCAGUGACUACGUGUGGCAGUACGAGUAUUACGACGACGAGGAGCCCGUGUCUUUUGAGGGACUCAAAGCGCACAGAUACUCUAUCGUCAUCGGCUUCUGGGUUGGACUUGCUGUGUUCGUCAUUUUCAUGUUCUUUGUUCUGACGCUGCUCACAAAGACAGGGGCGCCCCACCAAGAAAACCCAGACUCUGCUGAAAAGCGCCAUCGACCAGGGAGCUGCCUCGUAGACAUCGAUGGCCCCCAGGACGAAAAUGACAAAGCCUUCUCUCGCCCGUUGUUAUCGGAGUCCCGCUCUUAUUUUCAUUUCUACAUUAAUGAGGAGGAUCGGGGCCAGAGGAAGCUGAAACCAGAAGAAAAGACAGCUGUUAAGCAGCAGGAGUCUUUCAACCGGCCCAGAGGUAUCAGAUCUUCUGGGAUGGGCGAGAUGGAGGAGGAUGUCGAGGAAGCUGGGAGACACCAACCUCUAAAUGGACUAAUAGAGGAAAAUAAGGCUGAAAGAGAAAAUGACUUGUUUUCUCACUUCAACAUCCCUAACUUUGUGAACUUGGAGCAGAGUUCAAAUCUUGGAGAAGAGGAUCUACUGUAUGAGCCGUCUGUCAUACUGGAGCGUCAGGCUCACUCCCAGGACACUCAUUGUGACAUCCACUAAAGCCGAUAUACAUCACAGUCAUGGAUGUAGUGGUACUGUUAUUUUUCUUUCCUUUUUUUCACAGGGUCAUUUGUGACUUUACAGGGAAAAAGUAUUCAUCAUCUUCUUUUGUCCUGUACGUCAAACCUACAAAGCCUUUUUUUUUUUAAACAAGACAGCAAAAGAUGACAUACAAUUACAUAAUAAGCUCAACUCCCAGUUUAAGAUGAAGGAGAAAGAAAAUUGCUCUGAAAAUUGCAGUCGUUAUUUUGAGGCUCCGGAACUUAAUGGCGCUGUACUCGUGAUAAGUUGGUUUUUCACACAGAAAUGAGAGUAAAUUAAGUCCGCAGGAAGAGAUAGUUAUCCACAGUUCAUUCUGCUAUUAAUGGCUCUUAUUUCUUGUAGAAUUCCUGAAAUCCAAUAUUUUGGAAUUCAGUAUAAAUAUUUAAUUGUUCUGAAUUGAAUUCACACAGCUGCCAUUGUUCUUUGAACCUCAAAGUGGGCAGGUCCGACUUUUAUGUAUUCCAGGUUGUAAGUUGUAUACAUGAAAGGAAUCUGAUAAAUUGCUUAGUCAUCAUUUCACUCCUUCCAUAUGAAACUGUGACUCUUUUUUUAAAUCCAGAGAUAGUCGGCAUACUUCAAGUGUAAACAACAUAUUUGAUAUCCCAUAAACUAGCUAGCAAAAGCUGGGCAUUGUAGCAUUCAAAAACUAUUACUGUUAUGCCUUGUGUUCCAUGAUGAGUUACAAAAGGUGCAUUUCAUUCGCUAACAUUACCAUUAGCUGCUGCAGCGUUAGCUUGUUAAGGUUGGCAAUUCUUACAAGUUUGCUUGCGAGAAAGAUAACAGGAGAGGUGUAAGUUCCCGGCUAACAUAACCUUUAGCAAAAAAAUCACACCAAGCUACGAGGCAAUGUUACACAAUCAAACAGUAAUGUUAACUAGAAAGUGGCUUAAUGUGAGCUGUUGUCUAGCUAACAGACUGUCAAUUAUGACGAUAUACCUUGAGAUGUUGAAAUAGGUUUCUCUGGAUUUUCACUUUCAAUAGUCUUUUCAGUUCCUGUUCAAAGUUUUUUUUAAGAUUAUCUAUGUUUAUAUGAUAUUUUAAAGAAAAACCUGAAAAAAAGCAGAGCUACAGAAGGUGAGCUUCCCACCCUGAGAGUGAUGUCAGAGGAAAAAUGCUGCUGAAUGAAUAUGGUGAUUUAGAAUUUGUGUUUCAUUAGAGGUGUACUUUAACCGUGUAAGUAGUAGCAGAAAAUCAAGCAGACUGUUACAGGACAGGUAAUGUGAGAUGACAAUUUGAUACUAUAAUUCUGUCUCUUAGAUUAGAAGUGAUCUUUUUGUCCAAAUAAACCUCAAUAAGAUAGAAAA